UCUGUGAAAAACCCGGAUAAACAAAACAGGGAAAAGCGUCAUCUACAAAUCUUGGGACGUGGGUUUCAGUUGUUCGAAGCAUCCUUGGAGACCGACAGGAAGAGGGAGAAUCUUGGGACGUGGGUUUCAGUUAUUCGAAGCAUCGUUGGUGACUCAAGAAUCUCUCUCGCCUUUUUGAUUAUCUCAUUCUCCAUUGUUGCUUCACAAACCAAGAAGCUACUCUUCCUUCUUGCCUCUGUGAAAAAACCCGGAAAAACAAAACAGAGAAAAGUGUCCUCUGCAAAUCUUGGUCUGUGAAUGAAGAAAGAAUCAGUAAUGCCAGUUGAUUUCGCAGAAGCUGUUCUGCAAACGGCAUUCAGCGAGCUGUUCUCGCUGGUUAAGGACGUAGCGAGAACCGGUGCCGCGUUUGGUCCACAGAUCAAGAAGAUCAAAUCCACUUUGAGCAAAAUAGAUCCAAUCAUCACUGAAAUCCACGAGUACAACAAACGACUAUACUGUCCGAAAGAGUUGGGGGCGAUCAAGGACUUAAUGGAUGAGGGCAAAAGACUAGUCAACAAGUGUUUAAGGAUCCACCCCAUCAACUUGUGCAAGAAGUAUAUGUACUUGAACAGGCUGACCGAGUUUGACGCAAAAGUCCUAAGGGAGUUCCAGAUUUACAUCCAGCUGCUGGAUGCGAGAAAUAACGGGGAUAUAUUGUGGGAGAUAAGAGAAGUCAAGGAGUUGACAGCGUGUGGCAGUUCUCUCCAGAGUGGGCUUGGGGCUUGGGGCAACCUCGCAGCCCCUGAGGCACCGGAUUUCAUUGUCGGGUCGAAAGUGGAGGAAUCCUUUAGGAAGAUCAAGGAGCAGUUGCUCGAGGAGGGAGUAUCUGUGAUUCUUGUGACUGCACCACCUGGGUGCGGGAAGACCAUUCUAGUUAAGAAAUUGUGUCAUGACGUGGACAUUGAAGGUAAAUUCAGAAACAUUAUGUUCGUUCCUGUGAAGAAGCCCAACCUGAGAGACAUUGUCCAGAAAAUGAUUCAACAUAACGGUUUUGCGGUACCCAUGAUUGAAACAGAAGAUGAUGCAGUUCAAUACCUGCAGCUACUCCUCCAGAAAAUAGGACAAAAUCCUGUGUUGCUUGUGCUUGACAAUGUGUGGACCGAAUCACAAUCUUUCCUUGACAAAUUCAAAUUCAGUAAGAUAAAAGACUACAAAAUUGUGGUGACCUCAAGAUACGAGUUUCCUGAUUAUCGUCCUGUACAUCACCUGAACCCACUGACUCAUGGCGAUGCCCUGGAACUUUUACGUCGAACUGUUACUGUUGAUGAUAGCAGCAUGGAUCCACCAGAUGAAAAGCUUUUGGGUCAGAUAGUGAAAUCCUGUAAGGGAUUGCCAUGGGCUCUUACAGUCAUUGCCAAGUCUCUCCAAGGAAAGGAUCGUUCAUUCUGGAUAGAAAAGCUUAAUGCAUGGUCUGAGGGUCAUUCCCGUUUGAGCACAGACAUUGACAUUCUAAAUUGCCUCAAAAAGCACUUGGACAACUUGGAUGGUGACCCUUCAAUCAUGGAACGUUUCAUGGACCUCAGCUCGUUUCCAGAGGAUUGCAAGAUCCCCGCCACCGCCCUAACUGAUAUGUGGGUGGAAUUGUAUAAGCUAGACUUUGAUGGCGUGCACGCCAUUGCGGACCUCCAUGACCUCGUUUAUAGGAAUCUAGCUGAUCUCGUAGUCACUAGGAGAAAUUCAAGUGACGAUGAUGAUAAAUCUUACAGCAGUCACUAUGCUAUGCAGUAUGGUCUGCUCAGAGAGCUGGCUAUCAUGGAGUGCAACCAGGGGGAAGUGGAAAAGAGAGAGAGACUUAUUCUAGAGUUAACUGAAAAUUGUUUUCCAGACUGGUGGAGCAGGCAAAAGCAGCAGCCUCUCGGUGCUCGUCUAGUGUCCAUCUCCACAGAUGGAACAUUCUCAACACCCUGGCCAAAUCUUGAAUUGCCCGAAGCUGAGGCCCUUGUCUUAAACUUUGUGAUCGACAUGCAAACCAAAACUUAUGCUUUGCCUGAAUUCAUCGAGAAGGCAGAUAAGCUCAAGGCCUUGAUAGUAACAAACUAUAGCUUCUUUUCGGCCAAGCUAGGCAAUUUACACGUAAUUGGAUCCAAUUUAAGGAGGAUUAGGCUUGAACGCAUCAUAGUUUCUUUACCAAGCAUGGGAAACCUACACUUACACAGUUUACAAAAGAUAUCCUUUUGCAUGUGCAAAAUCAAUCAGGUUUCAACGUUGAAUGACGCCAAAUAUCUCGAUGCAAUGCCAAACUUAUUGGAGCUUGAAAUUGAGUAUUGCGACAAUCUUGUAACAUUAUCAGAUGGCAUCUAUAAGAUAAAGUCUUUGAGGAAGCUUAGCAUCGCAAACUGCCAUAAUUUCUCUAUUCUUCCUCAACAAAUUGGGCAAUUGGCGUCCCUUGAAGUGGUCAGACUUAAUUCACACGGAACUUGUCGCAAUUACCGGACUCUAUUGGAAGCCUUCAAAACUUGAGAUUUCUUGAUAUAUCUGAUUGCUUGAGCCUGAGCACCUUGCCUGAUCAAAUUGGCCAAAUGGUUAGUCUCACGAGGAUAAACAUGAGAGGAUGUAUUAAGUUGUCUGUGUUGCCACCGUCCAUCAUGAAGCUAACGAGCUUAAGGAAGGUGAUUUGUGACCAAGAAAAAGCGGUCACAUGGUGGCCUCUCAAGGAAAGUCUCAGUAGCUUGCAGGUAGUAGUGUUUGAAGAAGAGCCCAACUUAGAUUGGCUGCGAGACUAACAAACAUUUCUUAAAGACCUGGAGAGACUGAGCUUCACAACCUAAAUUAGGUGCGACCCAAGAAAAUGAAUGUGAACAUGUAUUAAACAUUUCUUCUUCCUUUUCAUACCCAUUUGUCCUCAUUUUCUCUUUAAUGCGAUCGAGUUUCUUUUUUA